AUUAUUGUAUUAUGGUCAUGACAGAUCCUGUUAAGCUACAACACCAUCAUAUUAGAUAUAUUUAAACCUUGUAUGAAAACUGCAACGGUAGAAGUAUAGUUUGUUUUCAAUUAGAAAGAAGACUUCCGCAAUUGUCGACUAGAGAAGCGGUAACACCUCACAGACACGGAAACUGUUUACAUGUAUGCGAACGUGCCUCAGGCUGUAGAGACGCUAUUGAAGCAAGAUCGGUUACCUUCGGUACUCUUCGUGUUUCCGAAACUACCACCACGUGGAAAAGGUAUGCACCAGUGCAGCCAGAUCGUAGGAUUUUUUUACCCCCACUUUGUGGUAUCUUCCCGUUUAAGCCCAUUGAAAACGGCUCAAAGUGGGGGUAAAAAAAUCCUACGAUCUGGCUGCACUGAUCCACGAUCAGUCUUCAGUACUAUGGUGACAACGGGAUAGAUAAGUUCAAGUAAACAGCAUUUAUUAAAAUUAAUCAUGGAAUAUGCUUUAAUCGAAAUUCCUUCAUUAAAAAAGAAGUGUGUUGUUGAGACAACUAAAAUUAAAGACUUUGGCCAGUAUAAUUCAUUAUCAAAGGGCAAGAUUUAUUCAUAUUGUGAGGGAGGCCAAAUUUUUAAGUGUAUCAUAUUGAAAACCGCAGAUACCGAGGAAGAAAUGAACGAUUCUUCUAAGCGAAUACGACGGCCUAAGUAUAAUAAAUCUUCUCUAAGUGAUGAUACAGACGAAGAAGAUUCACAAGUAGCUAUGAUGAAGCAAAAACGAAAAUUUCAGGCAACUUCAAAACUUAGUGCCAAAAAGCAGAGAAGUGAUGACAUUUUAAGAGCCUACAACAUACAGCGUCAGAAGAAUAGCGAGGGUAUGAGAAAUAAAGCAAGAGAAAGUAGUGAAGAACAUGAGGAAUCAAGUGAUAAAGAAAACGAACAAGUCAGAAAAGUUUUUGAAAAAGAAAAUAUAGAAGAUAGACGUAAUCAAGAAAGCAAUGUUGUUACAGAAGAGUACGAAAAUAAUAAUCCUGAAGUAAUUGGUGAAACAGUAAAUAAUAAUGACGACAGGAUAAUUUAUGUUGAUGCUGAGAUACAUGAGACUGAACCAGCAAUUUCUAAAUCAUUAGAAAUACCACCCUCAGAUACUCCUACCAUUAGACAGCAAGAAAAUUUAAAUGGUGACAGUGAAACCGUCAUGUUAACUGAUGUAUUAAAAAAAAAUCGACAACAAGCAAAUGAAAUUAAGAAAUUAACUCGGAAGCUUCAACAAUAUCAGAGGCAGAGUUUUAUAGAUCGACAAGAACGACAUCAGCAACAACAAAAUGAGCAAGACCAACAACAACAUCAUCUGCAACAAGAACGACAUCAGCAACAACAACAUGAGCAAGACCAACAACAACAUCAUCUGCAACAAGAACGACAUCAGCAACAACAUCAGCAACCACAGCAACAACACCAAAACCGUUUGCAAAAUGGAAAUGAUGAUCUUCAUCAAAUCACAAAUCCAAUUUACAUAGGAGGCAAUACUUUUAUAUCUAGUUUAGAACAUACUGAAGCAUUUAAUGCAUAUAAGCCCGCAAAAUUCAUGAAAAUAAUGUCUCAUGCAAUUUGGACACCGGAGCACCUGGCAUUACGAGCAGUUCGUGUGCAAAAAAAUAACCUUGAUAGAUUACCGUUAACACCACAAAAAAAAGUUGUGUUGAUCCAUAAUUAUAAAAAAUUUUUAAUUAAAAGAAAUCUAUCACGAGAAAUGAUGGAUGUUGAAAUGAGAAAUUUCAAUGAAUAUCUCGGGGCAGCGAUAACAAGCGCGCGGAAAAAAGUAUUAUAAAAAAUUUAAUUAUUUCAAUUCUAUUUUUGUUAUGUCUGUCAGAAGUCAUUAAAAUAUUAAAGUUCAAAAAUUAUUUUUAUUUUCAUCAAAUUUAUGCAAUAUUAGCUUUGUAGU